AUGUUUCGUUCUUUUACGCUAGUGAUAAUUUUUGCUUUUCUCUCGUGCUCAGCAGUCACAUUAGUAUCAUUUGAAAGUGUUGACAUUGUAAGUGAUGAGUCAUGAACUGUUCAAGGCACAAAUUAUAUGGGCAAAGCGGUUGAGGCAUGGAAUCAUCCUCAAUGAACUUCAAUUUCUGGAGCAAAAUGGAUCUGGAAAAGCUUUUAUGCUGAAGAUCCGUGAAAUGGAGAGACCUAUAUGUUCCAAAAGGAGUUCAGUAUCAAUGGGCUUCCUACUCAGUCUUCGCUCACAAUUGCAGCUGACGAUAGCUUUGCACUUAUUCUUAAUGGAAACUUAGUAGCAUCUUCUCAAAACUGAAAUGAAGGGCAGGCUCAAACUUUUAAUGUGCAAGGCAAAUUAUUGCAAGGUAGAAAUACUGUGCAAGUCGUUGUAAGCAAUUAUGUUCGAGAUGGGCAUUCGCAGUUCAAUACAGGUGGUCUUCUCUUUAAGCUAACUGUUACAUGACUUAAUAUAUAA